CUGCUGUCGUUUCACAUCUCUGAGGUGGGAAGGGCAGAUUCCUGCUGCUGUGUUUGGGAUUACGCCUGCGAAGACCCACGUUGUAUAUUAAAUAUUAUACAAAGCCGUGUAAUCCCGUCAAUAAAAGUCAAAGCAAACUCUGCGGGUAAGAAUGGGUGGUAACAGCCCAAGCCACCUCAGAUAUGAAGAUGAUGGAGAAGGCGGCGGAGUUAGUUUUCUGAAGGGCAUUCGGCUGUCGGACAGAGUCAUUAACCGGAUGAGGGAGUGUCCAGGGGUUGUCAGUCCUCAUUGUUGCCCAAAUGGAAGUGCUCCUUCACACUCACCUGAACCCGAAGCACCUGUAGCCACGCCAGUUCCUGCACCCUCUGUUGAGCACGUCUUGCCACUUCUGACACCCACCCCUACCCCACCUCCUCAGGAAAUGGCCCCAUCUCCUCCAUCAGUUGAAUCAACCUCACAGCCUCUUCCUGCUCAGCCUCUAAAACUCAUCCCACCCCCACCUGUCAAAUUUCACUCCCCUCCCCCUGCCUCCAUGGAGACUGUAGUCCUUCCUCCACCUGUAGAGCCACAAACUCCUCCUGCAGCCGACCCCGUUGUCUUAACCACACCUCCUGCUUCAGCUCCUGAACCCGACAUACCCUCUAAAACUUCCCCUCAAGUAGAAACGGUAGUUUCACAAAUGGAGCCUGUAGUUCUUCCUCCACCUGCAGAACAACAAGCUCCCCCUCCAACCGACCCUGUUAUCUCAGCCGCACCUGCCCUGUUAGUGGCUGAACUUGAUGUGCCAUCCAAACCUUCUCCCCUAGUAGAAACAUUAGUCCCACAUGUGGAGCCUAUAGCCGCAUCGAUGCCUGUGGAGGCUGAAUCUCCUGCUCCUCCUCAUGCAGCAGAGUUUGUAGUCCUCCCCUCCCCUCCUCCUCCAGAACCUGUUGAGCCCCUCGUCCAGCCCCUUCUCGAGCCAGAAAUCCCAUCUAUGCCCCCAGUAGCAGAGCAGCUUGUUGAUCCCACUGUCUUAUCUCUACCUGUGGAGCCCAUUGAACCUCUAUCUGCACCUGAACCCAUAGUUGCAGCUUUUCCCACCAAACUUGAAGCUACUCUGAUUGAAGCUGCUGCCAUAGCUCCUUCUGUUGAACCUGUUGCUCCUGAGACUAUUAGAGCUGAACCUGUAGUUUCACCUCCUGUAGUUGAGGCUAUUCCAGCUGAACCUGCAGUUUCACCUCCUGUAUUUGAACCUAUUCCAGCUGAACCUGCAGUUUCACCUCCUGUAUUUGAGGCUAUUCCAGCUGAACCUGUAGUUUCACCUCCUGUAGUUGAGGCUAUUCCAGCUGAACCUGCAGUUUCACCUCCUGUAUUUGAGGCUAUUCCAGCUGAACCUGCAUUCCCAUCUGGUACAGCUGAAACGGUCCCAGGUGAGCCUGUAAUUUUACCUUCUCCAGCUGAGAGUGUGUCUGCUGAUUCAUCUCAUCCUCAUGAGCCGGUUCCCUUUCCCACACCUCCACUCACAGAAGCAGCACCACCCCCAGUUACACCUCCACCCCCUGCUGAGCCCGAGCCUGCAGGCCCCCCUCCUGCCCCGACUACCACACCUGCACCAGAGCCCAUUUUUGAAGAAUCACCACCACCUUGUCCCUCCGCUGAGGUUGCCAUCCUUCACACUGAUCCAUCCGUAAAUGAACCUGUUGACGAACCCAUGGCCCCCCCUCCUCCUGAUCCAGCUGAGGAGCCCAGUGUUCCCCCAUCUCUCCCCCCUGUUGUUGAGGAUGUAGCCCCUGAAGCUGCCGCAGCACUACCAUCUGCAGCUGAGGUUGAGGAAGAGCUGAGGAGGAAGAUCAAAGAGGAACUGCAGAGAGAGCUGGAGCUGGAGAUCAGCCAGAGGAGGCAGGAGCUUCAGCAAGAGCUGGAGGAGAUGAAGGCCCAGGUCAGAGCAAAGGCCAAGGCAGCGGCCCAGGCCCAGGUGGAGGAGCAGGUGAGGAAGACCCUGGAGGCGGAGAAGGCGGUGUACAGAGAGAGCCUGAAAGAAGCCAUCAUAAAGGAGCGCAUGAAGACAGACGACGAGAGGCUCAUGGCUCAGCUCUAUUGGAUGGAGCUUAAGGCCCACAAACUGGACGAGAAAGAGAAAGAACUGCAGAAACAGGAGUCGCUCUUCAAGGAACAUGUCGCAAAACUUGAAGCAAAGAGUGCUCAGUUUUACAAAGUUACCGCCGAGAACUUCCAGAAAGGCAAAGAGGAGGCACACAACCGUUUCACGCGUUUCAACAUCAAGCCAAUAUGCGGUGACCUGCAGAGUCAGAUCUUAAAAUGCUACAGGGAGAACACCGGCAAGACUCUGUCCUGCUCAGGGAUUGCCUCUGCGUACAUGCAGUGUGUGGACAACGCCAAGCAAAAUAAGCUGAGCACCGGAGGUUAAUGCGGACAGUUUGACGAUGGCUAUAUUUUACCUCUCUGACGGCUUCACUGUUACACCAAAGAAAAGUUGAUGGAUGACAGACAUGAUUUACAGGAGGUGGACGCACAACAGAAUCUGCGUCGGUCUUUCCACACGUCUGAUGCACUCAAGGAAACAAGUUGUGUCUGAUCUGCUGGUAGUGCCAGAAACUGCAGAGGCUUGAAGUUUAAAUGCAACAAGACUCAAUACUCUAUAGAAGAUGAAUCAUUUCUGUUUUCCAAAUGUGUGUCUUUUCAAACCAGGUAAAACACCAUAUACCAACAGAAGAUUUAAGUUUGUUGUAUUCUUAGUUUUUACCUUAACAGAAGUAUGAAUUCAAGUCAGGUAUUGUGUGGGCGGUAUGUUGUUAAAUCAAUAUGUUCCUGUGCCUUGAACCUACGAUCAUUAUCUAAGAUUAAAGAUCACUGGAAGAACUAUAACUCAGUAGAGUGAAACAUAAUGUGGACUUCUAAAUGCUUGUUGAAGAGUGUGCUAUUCUAGAUAACAAAUAAUAAAUAAACUUCAAAGUCA